AUAAGAAGUAAAACACAUUUGUUUGUUGUUUCAGCGAUAAAAUUUUAUUUAAAUACAACAAUGUGGCCGAUGUCAAUUAAAUGAAUGGUGCAUCAUUUUUCAUUUAAAUCAAAUCUAUUCUGAAUGUUUUUCAAUUUGACAUUUCAAAUUAUAACUAGUUAGCCGACUAGCCGAGUUUUUACCGAACAAAAAGAAACGCAUCUGUCAAGUUCAGUUGCCCAGGUCUGGCACAAUAAAUCGGAGUAAAAAUGUUCCCAAAAAUUUUCGUUCGUUUAUAAAUAGAUUUUCGAUCGAAAAGUUAAAGGAAAAUCUCUGAGGCUAUCACAUCAAAACAGGAUACAUUUUCGAACGAAAUUUAACGUCUUUCCGCAUUUGCUUCUAACAAACAAUGGCUUUACUUGGCGCACAAUUGGUGAUGACAUUGAUUAUGGUCAGUGUGAUACAAAAAUUGAGUCCACAUUAUUCAUUGGCCAAAUGGAUUCUAUGCUCAACCGGUCUAAUAAGAUUUCUUCAUCCCACCGAUAAUGAGUUAAAAACUCUUGCCGGUGUGCCAAAAAGUAUGCACAAAACGAAAAAAGAGCAUCGUCAUAGUAAAUAUAGUAAUGGAAAUGACAAUGAGAAAUCGCAUACCUUUCAUGUUCCAAGAAAUUUAGACAUUCAAUUAGAAGUAACCAAAGUGACACCUUAUGAUGUUAUCAAUCUGCGAUACUAUACGGAAUAUCAAUGGUUGGUUGAUUUUAGUCUCUACGCCUGCAUCAUUUAUGUCAUUUCGGAAAUUUAUCAUUAUUAUAUACCGCUGAGAGAAGAGGUCAACUUGAGUAUGAUGUGGUGUCUAUUGGUUAUAUUUUUUGCAUUUAAAUUACUCAUUUCACUAACGGUGCAAUAUUUCAAAAGUGAUGAAUCGAUCGGCGAACGUUCAACGUGCAUUGUCACUGGUUUGGUGUAUUUAUUAGUGGCAAUGAUAAUUUUAAUUGUCGACGAAAAUACACUUGAAGUGGGCUUGGAACAAGCGUACAAAAGUUUCAACGAAAGUGCAUCCGUUUAUCUUGAAGAGAGAGGAGUUUCGUCAUCGGGGCCCGCAUCAAAAAUUAUCGUUAAAUUUUGUAUUGCUGUAUCUUGUGGUAUUCUUGGUGCGAUUUUUACAUUUCCCGGUCUUCGCAUGGCACGUAUGCAUUGGGACUCACUAAAAUAUUGUCGAGAGAAUAAGUUCUUGCAAUUUAUUUUAAAUGUCAGUUUUGUGCUGCCUUUUAUCAUUGUAAUCCUAUGGAUUAAACCAAUUAGCCGUGAAUAUUUAACAAAUCGCGUUUUUACUGGCUUCAAUCAACCAAUGUUGACUCCGCAAGCAUUUGAUUUAAUACGCUUUCUAUUAAUAAUAAUUGCCGUGGUUUUGCGUUUGGUAUUGAUGCCAAUCUAUUUGCAAGCGUAUCUGAAUUUGGCAUAUGAUCGCUUGGAAGAGCAGAAAAAAGAAGCGGGCCGUAUCACAAAUGUUGAUUUACAGAAAAAGAUUGCAUCGAUAUUUUAUUAUUUGUGUGUGGUGACGCUGCAAUAUGUUGCACCGAUUUUAAUGUGUUUAUACUUCGCAUUGAUGUACAAAACGUUGGGUGGUUACAAUUGGACGGAUCUCUUUGCAAAUAAUACCAGCAAUGUAACAAUUACAGUUCCACCGAAAGAAUCGAUUGUCAUUACCCCAUUGGAUGAAGAUGGAUUCCAGGAUGGCUUUCAAGAUGAUCAAAUUGAAUCUCUUGACAAAACGAUUCUUGAAUCGGCCAAAGAGUUACAAUCGUCAUUUCAUGGUUUAAAAGCGGUAUUUACGACCGAUGUUUAUCGAGGUCUAUUCGGUUUUGCAACUUGGUGGACGUGCUUUGUGUGGUUUGCCGCAUCAUCAUUGGGAAUGGUUUAUCAGUCAUACUUUACCAAACUCUAAAUAAGAAAAUUCGUCAAACACAUGUUUUGCAUGUGUCUGAAAAUGGAAAAAAUCGCCUCAUUUCUGAGUGCAGAAAUUUUUGUAAAUAUAGAAUUUUUUUUCUUCUUCAUCACCAUCAAGUUUGAGUUAGACCGAUUUUGUUCUCUUUUACCAAAUGCUUACACAAAAUUGACAAAGUAUUGAAUUGUUAUGAAUGUAAAUUAAAUCUAAGUUACCAUAAUAUUAACUGAAACGAAAUGAAAAACAAUCUUCUCUGAACUUUUAUAAAUGAUAAGAAAUUGUAGCCGUAGAUGAAAGUGCGAUAAUCGAUAAUAAUUUAUGAAAAUGUUUUACACACAAGUAAAAUCAAUAGGAUACCUAUAAAUUAUGCGUUUCUUUUCAAAUUGAUUUGCAUUGUUUCAAUAGAUUUUUGAAUGGAAUAGAGACUAUUGAUGGCGAUUUGAUCUAGUUGUACAAAUACCAAGUACCGACUCAACAUUUGGUUCCAAUUAAAUUGGCUCCGUCAUCUGGUUGAAAUAAAAAAUGCAGUAUUUAACUAUCAACGAUAGUAGUUGCUCUGAUAAGAUACUAAACUCAAAGUAAUCCUGGGUUAAAAUACUUCUUUACCAUCUGAUUCGAAUGAUAUAUUUUGACGUUUUGUUAGAGAACACUAUCAAAGCUCAAAUUACAUUCAUAUAAACUUUUUACCAUAUACUUGUUUUUUAAUUUUUCGAGUCGAGGCUGCACAAUCGCCUACAAUCCAAAGCAUAUGAUUCAAAUCGGUCGCCGAAUUUGUUUUAUAAUUUUUGUUUAUAAACUUGUUACCAAAAAGAAAUCGGCAGCGACUGUAAAGAAAGAGAGCCUCACGGUUUGUUUUCUCCAAGCUUUAAAUCCAAAAUUUCGGAAAUGAAAAACAAGUAAAUCGGAAUUUUGUCUCCGUUUUAUUCAACAUCGUAUAGUUCAGUCCAAUCAAAUAAUCAUUGAUAAUAGUCUAACACAUAGUUAUCGCUUUAUAAAGUCGUAGAGAUUGAAAAGCAACCCGCCCUGUUUAUUUUUGUUUGUAUUCAUAAAAAAUAACGUUAGCACCUAAAUACAAUUUUACUGAAUAAAAAUAGAAUUAAAUUCAUUGUAUUGUAGUGAAAAUUCUAAUUCUCCAAUCGAUCAUGGUUGAAACGAUCACAUUAGCUUUAUGCAAUUCAUUUAUGGCAAAAAAUUAAAUUUAUCUGUAUUAACGUCAAAGCAUAUUGAAUACAUAGGAAAAAUGUUAAGCUGAAAUUGGCGAAGAGAAAAAUGAAAAACAAAAAACAUAAAUUGUGCGACUUCUUCCUCUUUUUUUUUAAAUACAUUGAUUGACUUACAUA